CUCAUGAAUAUAUAUCAGUAAGUAUUUGCGUAAGAGGUCGGCCAACGUUCAUUUCAUAUUCCACCGUAGUAUUUCGGUCUAAAUGAGACGCACAGUCACGUCUCCGCCCUAAUCUGGCCCGACGCUUCCAGACGGCUUCCCAGUGAAUUAAAUCGGUAAAAUGUUUCCUGGACCUGCGAAGAAGCCUCCACCAAGAAGUCGAAGGCAAAAAAGUGAAUGACUAGAAGGAUAAGUCGACAGCCGCCUAGUUGGUGGACAUUUACCGCGGUGGGAACAAUUUUGGGAUUUCAAAUGUAACGCUAAAGGUCGUAUGUUUCACCAAGUGCGCACCGUUAUUUAGUGGGCUACUUUUCAUUCGCAGAGAUGGAAAGUGCGCAGGCUGUCACGGAGGACGGCGUGUCAGAUGGAAACGCGACCAAGUUAAAGAAACCCAGCGGACUGCCUGUCGCCCAGGGGAUUCAGGCGGCGGGUGAUGGCGUUGGACGUUCGGCAGCCUCCCGUGUCGACGCAAAGAACGGGAACAGCCUCGUCCAUACCAUAUCCACGUCGGUAUCUAAUGUUUCAAAUAAAAGUAUUGCCACCGCCACUAAUGGCCGGGCUUUGCCAGGCGCCUCCAACUCACUCUUGUUAAGACGGCGGCGGCUAAAGCGGAAUCUCUCCGCCGCAGCUGCAACCACUGCCGCCUCAGCUGUCACUGCCGCCUGCGGCGCCAAGAUGAACUCGGCUCUCUCCUCUGCGUCUCUGCAUACCCGGAGUCUGGAUAGAAAGACCCUGUUGAAGCACCGGCAAAACAUGCAGCUUCAGCCGCCAGACAGGGAAUGGGUGCGAGCGGAUCUUCACCGGGGCUCGGUACACGUCCACGACAGACUCAAUUCCUCGUAUCCGAGGCCGGUUCUUUGCACGAUGGACACCACGGCCGGCGAGAUGGCGCUCGGUUUGAGUAAACUCUGCAGUAAGUCUGGGUCCGUGUUGCGCAUAUUUUGUAAAGAUCGACCCAAAACCGACCAAAAUGGAAACUGCAAUGUGAUUCACGAAAUUCUCGAAAAUCAGGUCAAUGCAAAUGGGGAGGAAAUCACGCAGUUUGAACACAUGCGUUCCUUGAAAUCGACUGAAUUUCGAGACGGCCCUUCCAGCCAGCCGAGUGACAGGUUGAGGCUGUUGCUCAUGGAGAAUGCGGAUCAAAGGCAACAACAGCAACAAGAAAUUGUUUCCAAACUUUUCACCCCAGACUCCGAGUCACACGACAACACGAUGUGCUCCUUGUCUGACGAUUUAAAUUCUAAUUCCAACGUGGAGGAUACCCCCAUCGACGAGGACUCUGAGCAGCGGAAUGGUAUUGACAGCUACGGAUUGAAUUCGGGCUCCGACGUGGAGAGCAGCGCCUUUGACGAUCUCAGCUCCGGGGCACGACUCAGUGAACACAGGGACUCCCUGAGCGACGACAUGAUCCUGGGCACGGAGGCGUCCAUACUGAGCCCCGUAUUCGACACGGAGGGCCAUGACACUUACGGCAGUUCGUCGGAUGAGCUGGAGCUUGAUUGUCACACGUCCAGCAUAGACCCUGUUGUCCCCCAGCAUCACUCCAAUGGCAUUGCUGCAGACCCGGCCACAUACAUGCACUGUAACCCUGGUCAUUUAAACGGCGUCGCAAGGCCAGACAACGUGCAUAAAGCCGGUCGCAUGGGCAGCCUGCCGCCCAGCACGAGCGCCGGCUCGCUGUCAAGAGUGUGUUCCACAGGUACAACACCUGACGGGCAAGACGCCGACCAUUUCCAGGGUUUUUUGAAACCAGUAUCCUCAUCCGUGCACACCGGGAACGGGAGCGAUUCCUGCCCCACGAUAUAUGUCCAGUUGCACGGAGAGUCAGUGCGUAGGCUCGGUCCAGAUGAAAGGCCUCUCCAGAUCCAGACUGACUUCCUCUUUAAACUUGGAUUUAAGGACCCGUGGCGAGUUCAGGAGGAGGGCAUGAACACCGAAAUUGGAUCCCUGUUACGAUUUUAUGCAGGUAAGCCCCAGAGCAUCGAGUGCUCUGAGCGCGUGCAGCUGUCGGGGACGUACAACGUGCGCAAGGGGAAGCUCCAGCUCCCUGUGAACCGCUGGACCCGGAGGCAGGUCAUCCUCUGUGGCACCUGCCUCAUCGUCUCCUCCGUCAAGGAGAGCCAGACGGGCAAGAUGCACAUCCUGCCCCUCAUAGGGGGAAAGGUUGAGGAGGUGAAGAAGCACAGCCACUGCCUGGCGUUCAGCUCGGCCGGCCCUCAGAGUCAGACCUACUACGUCAGCUUCGACAGCUUCACCGAACACCUCCGCUGGCACCGCCACGCCGCCAAGAUGGUGUCCCAGAGGAUCAACUCGGUGGACCUGUCCGGCUGCAGCCUGGAGCAGGUUCCCCCCAACCUGUUCUACAGCCACGACCUCACCCACCUCAACCUCAAACACAACUUCCUGCCCGCAGACCACCGGUUGCAGCAUCUGCAGAGGUAGCCACCACCAUGCCCCACAUGCUGUUGGGAAUGAAGGGGAGGGUCAUGGGGGUCUAGAGAUAACAAUUUAUGCUCCACUCAAUGGGUAAAGGCAUGGGACUAAACCGUCACCAUCCCACACUGUUUGGGUGAUUCAACUGCUGUGAGCGUCUCUUACCGAUUUCGCAGGAGAACAUUUGCCGUGAGCAUGCCCUCGGCACGAAUGUAAUCAAUGGCCAUAUAAGAGCUGUGUCAGUACGGAGUGUGUGGACAAAGAACACUGUGGUUACAAACAAUCCCAUCCUGAAGACCAUGGCGCUGCUGCUAUUCAUGGCAGGCCAGCAGAAUCGGCACAACAAAGUGACUUUGACCACAUUUGUAUCGGUUAGGGAUGUUUUAGUGAAGCCAGGGAAGACAGUUUGAUCACCCAGACCGCCAUGUUCCUUUACAAACCCUGACAAAUUUACCAACUACAAUUGCGUUUGGUUGCAUUCCCACUGGGGCCAACCGGGCAGAGAAAUGUAUGGAUUCCCUGUGUUGCAAGACGCUUUGAAUAAAAGCCUUCACUAAAUGGCGUAUAUUCAAUAGACUGUACUUUAAGUGUGUGUGAAAUCAACCCAUUUCCUAACUACAGAGUCAGACAAGAGAAGAGGUUUGUGUAUUUGCGUGUGUGUGUGUGUAAUAAGAGAAGGGAAAUCCAUUCUAUGAAUCCGUUGGUAAAUGGACUGCAUUUAUGGAGGGCUUCUGAUGCCACUACAGCCACUCAGAGGAGCGCUUUCACAGCUCAAGUCUCACAUCCUCCCACGCAACACACUCACACAUUCACGCGCCGUCGACACCAUCUCUCUGGGUGCUGCUAGGGGGGACUGUCUCUUUGCUCAAGGAUACCUCAAUGGAUCGACUUGGGGAUCGAACCCCUGGGGUCUUCCAUACGUGAGGCGACCCACACCAGGUCGUGAUGAGGAAAUAAUCUGGCCGGAAACCGCACGAGACGCAGAGGAAGAGUAAGAAGAAUAUGAUGAUGAUUAGGAUUCUGAUUAGGGCCAAAUUAGGGCUUAUCGGUCAUUUCCUUACCACCCGCUCUGACGGAGCUCUUGACUACUGCAAUCAGUUAACGAGACCUCAUAAAUCCUGAGGCUGCCAUUUCAUUGGCCGCCUCUGGAGAACCACACAAACCUGUGGUUAGCGAUGCACUCCGGUGUGGCGUCCUUUGAAUUGAUUCAAUUUGACUGUGGUUUUCACAUGGCUGAACAGCACUUGGCAUCGCUCCA